ACACUAUAGACUUCAAUCAGCCCUGUCCUGAUCCGGGGUCCACACGACGGAAAGGGAAGCCAUGAAGCACUCCUUACUCUCCCUCCUCCUCCUCAUCCUCCUCCUCCUCCUCACCACUUUAUCAUUCAUCAGCGGCGGACAUUGGUGCUAUUAUCAAUCUCAGGAUGAAUGUGAGGAGCACUGCGAUGGGCCCAGCAAGUGGCACACUGUGUAUGCAAACUGUGGUGGGAAGAAGCAGUCGCCUAUAAACAUUGUGAGCAGAAAAACCGAGUCCCAUCCCAUGCUGAAGCCCUUUACCUUUGAAGGGUAUGAUAGAGCUCAAGACGUCCUGGUCAAAAACAAUGGCCAUUCUGUUCAAACAGCUCUGCCUCCUGGUAUGAGGAUCAUGGGGGCGGGUCUGACGGACGUGUAUAAAGCAGUGCAGUUUCACCUGCACUGGGGAUCCGAUGGGGAGGCUGGCUCAGAGCACACCAUCGACGGGGAGCGCUAUCCUAUGGAGCUUCAUAUAGUCCACAUUAAAGAGAAGUAUCAGGGGGUAGACGAGGCAAUCAAUGAUACAGAAGGGUUUGCUGUGCUUGGAUUCCUGUUUGAGGAGUCAAGCAAAGACAAUCCCAAUUAUAAAGAUCUGAUUGCUGCACUGGGAAGAAUCUCAUACUGUGGUUUCAACACUACAAUAAAAGACCUGAGAUUAGACAGUCUUAUCCCAAAGCAGAAAGACCUGGCUAGGUAUUACCGCUAUGAAGGGUCUCUGACUACCCCCGGCUGCAAUGAGGCUGUUGUGUGGACUCUGUUCGAGAAGCCCAUUCCACUGAGCGCAGCACAGCUUGCAGCUUUUUCUCAGAAGCUCUUCGUCGACUCAGGAAAGCCCAUGAACAGGACGUUCAGACCCGUUCAACAGACACACGGCCGCACGGUGUACCGAUCCAGGAGCAGCUCUCUGCUGGCAAGCACUGCUGUGCUGGCACUCUGUAUUAUGAGUACCCUGGGUCUCUGGUCAAUUCAGUUCCUUGAUUUGACCAGGUAGGAACAACAGUACUGAACCCUUUAUUGGGUUUCUGCUGCCCCUGUUCCUUGACAGACCCUUGUUUUGAAACCUCAUGCAGAGGGCAGCAGCUGCCACCUCACCACUAACCAUGCUUGGUGAUUUGAUAGAGCUGGUUCAGAGGGAACAGUGCCCCCUGCUGAACCAUCAAUGCAACUGCGGCACCUGGUAGAUUGGAAGUAUUUAUUUAUGAAUUAUGUAUUUGUAUCAUGUACUAUAUAAUAGUAUUGCUUUAUGAAUACAAGAAAGUGAGGUAAUUUCACAAAGCAUUUUACUCCAAACCUAGUGUCAGUCUGACUGUGUAUGUGUGUGUGUGUGUGUGUGUGUGUGUGUGUGUGUGUGUGUGUGUGUAAAAUGGCUUUGCAGAUUUCUACAGUGAAACUUUUAACUGACAAGCAUAUAUAUGUUGUCUGUAAAUGAUUGUCCAGAUUCCUAAAUUAUAAAGACUGCUUUGUAAAAUUCAAGAAUUAAAAA